AUGGUCACUCCCAAUGGGGUGGUCAACACAACCCGCAUGCAAGUAGAGGUGGAAAGGUACGGCCAGCCAGGCUCAACGUUCCAGGUGCACCAGGGCAAGGUGAGGAGGUUUGAGCGAAGUGAGGACCCCCAACUCGAAUCCAUAAUACAUCAGUACUCGCAGAACCUCGAGGACGAGACCGCCGCACAAACACUCGGAAUCACUGGAGGCAAACGACCCCGAAACGCGUGA